AUGGACAAGGCUCAAUCCGAUUUGGUGAUAUGGUAUAAACUCGAAACCGAAUUCUUGCGGGAUUACGUCAGGCACACAAGAUAUGGUGAGAAGGCGGAAAAUAGGAAUAAGAAGGUGAAGGAGGAUUGGAGCAAUUGCGGGGAACUCGGCAAGGGAGGCUUCGGUGUCGUCCAUAAGCAGAUCCAGAGAACUACGGGCAGUUUUCGUGCAGUGAAGGCAAUUGAUAAGAGGCUACACUCUAAGCUCGAUUACUCAAGGGAACUCCUUGUGAUGGCCGUAUUGGCAAAGGUUUGAGUUCUCACUCCGAAGGGACUUUGUUCCGGUUUACUCCCAUUAUGGAGUGUUGUUAUUAGAGUCUAAUGGUAAAUCGUCCUAGCGUCCAUCAUUAUUCGUGGAGUUCCUGGGAUGGUUCGAGGAGCCUGAGACUCUGUAUAUUGCAAUGGAGUACCUCCAGGAAGGUGACCUCACUGGGCACAUCGACACACCACUACCACAAGAAACCGUUCGGGAUAUUUCAAAACAACUACUAGAAGGUCUAGAAGUAAUGCAUCAACAGGGGAUAGCUCAUCGGGAUCUAAAGCCUGCGGUAUAAUCCUUACCUCUAGACUCCUUGUUUAACCUGCAUCACAGAAUACUGACGGAUGUACAGAAUAUAUUUGUGGUUUCUAUGUCCCCCGUCUGGGUAAAACUAGGGGAUUUCGGAGUGUCGAAGCGGAUCCAAGCCCAAGCUACUACGACCUUUCACACCCAGGUGUCAACUCAAGUGUACAGCGCACCCGAGGUUUUAGGGUUAGACUCGAAUAGUGAAACCUCGGACUAUACCAAUUCCGUCGACAUUUGGUCCCUCGGAUGUGUGGUGUACGAGUUACUUGUGGGGACACGGUUAUUUGUUACAGAGGGUCUAGUAUCCCGCUACUUCUUCGGGAAAUGGCCUUUCCCCGAGGAUAAACUAAGGGGAUUAUCACCCCCAACCAGCGAGGCCGGGAUUUCGUUAAUAAAGUCAAUGCUCUUAAUACAACCCGAGGAUCGCCCCACAGCGGUGGGCGCACUGCGGCAUGAGUGGUUG